UUACUAUUGAUUUUUAAUUUGUGCGAAUGUUUUAAGUUGUUUGUUGCGUAAUGUUGAAAACAACCAAGUACAAACACAACAUCCUAAAUCCUUGCAUUGGACCAUCCAAAUUCUAUUACAAAAUUAUAAUUUUAAUUGUUUAAGCAACUUGAAACCUACUUAAAGAAUAUGAAUACGUUUAUGGACAAAAUCAAAUCAAUAUUUGGAUUAAGACCAGAACCACCUAGAAACGAUUUCAGAAACCCUAUUUGGGGCUCCGACGAUGAUGAUGACGAUGACGAAUUAUAUUCGAGGCAAAAAUUGGACAUAUACCAAGAUCCUCUUCAAUUACAACAAGAAUUUGCCAAACACAUGCAAGAAAUGUUUAAAACUUUCGGUAGUGUGUUUGGUGACAUGAAGUCUUUUUUCGAUGACGAUCCUUUUAAUACGUUUCAGGCUGUACCAGAUCUACAUACAUUCGAUUCCCAAUCUCAGACAGAGGAUGCCGAUAGCAAUCGUAUAAGAGAUUUCUAUUUGAAACCUGGCUAUCAUCAUAAACAUCAUCCAAAGGAGGAUAUAGAUUUAGAUGGAAAAAUAUCCUCAAAUGAUAUCUCGGACUUAUUUAAAAAGAACACAGAGAACCAUGUAGUACCUGCAACUCCUUUUAAUGGAAAUAUGGUGCCAGGUAGGUCAUUUUGUCAAACAAUUAUAACAACAAGUGUUACAAAGCCUGAUGGGACAAUAGAAACUAAAAGGAUUGUUAAAAAUGGCAAUGAAGUAGUAGAAGAGACCAUAACAUUGACAGAACCAACUUCAAAAGGUCCUUACCCUGGAUUUAAUCCAAUAAACACAACAAAUAUCAUGUUUUCACAACUCUCAUCAUUACUAAAAAAUUUUUACUAAAAUUAUAGGUUACAAACAAGGUCAUAUAUUUAUAGUAAGAAGUAGAAGUUACCCCAAAAAUUUUGUUAAAAUACCAUCCUUAUAACAUAUAGAUACUGUCCUUUGUAUUUAUACUUUAAACUUAGUUUGCUUAUUGUAGUCUGACAUACCAAAAUAAAACUCCAUCUGAAAAAUGUUUUUUUUUUAACUUUUUUUUAUUGAAGAAGAAGGUGUAUAAGUAAAACCCUUUUAUUAAAUAAAUUGCAGCUUUUAUUACUAAAAUAAAAUUAAUAAAUUAUUUUCACUCUUAGUUUAAUUAAAUAUUGUCUUUGCAUUAAUAAUUAGGUUUUUCAGGAACAUUAAAACAUUGUUUAAAUAACCAUUUGUAAUACAAUCGUCAGUACUUCCCUAUGAAGACAACUAUUUGUUUGUAUAAUGAUUCAAGCAUUCACAUGAAACAUACAGCCUGUGUUAUUAAAACAACUAAUAAAACAUUUUAAGGACA